UUGAUCGCUAUGUUGAAGUUUCACUUGUUCUUCAUCGCGGUGAUCUAUUGCACGCUUCGGAUCAUUGAGGCCAACGAUGAUGGUGCUGUUUCAUUUAUCAGGGAAGCAAACAGCACAACUCUAGAGCACAAGUAUGACUAUAUUGUUGUUGGAGGAGGAACUGCUGGCUGUGCGAUCGCUGCAACCCUAUCUCAGCGCUACAAAGUUCUUGUUCUCGAGCGAGGCGGCUCCCCGUAUGGAAAUCCGCUGCUCUUGCGGAUCGAGAACUCUGGGAACACCUUCGCCAACCCGGGUGGAUUGGAGGCUCCCAAUCAGGCAUUCACUUCCGAGGAUGGCGUCGCAAGCAUCAGGCCAAAUGUUUUGGGAGGAGGCAGCAGCAUCAAUGGAGCCGUCUACAAUCGUGCUCCAGACGAGUUUAUCAGCGAUGCCAAGCUCGACAAGAACUUGGUCGAGAGCUCGUACGCUUGGGUGGAGAAAGUGGUGGCAUCCAGGCCAAGAAACUUCAGUGCUUUCCAGAAUUCCAUCCGUGGAGCACUGCUCGAAGUCGGAGUAACGCCAGAUUUUGGUUUCACCUACAAGUACGUUGUUGGAACAAAAACGACUGGAAACACAUUUGAUAGCCACGGACAGCGUCAUCCAUCUUCAGAUCUUCUUCUCGCUUAUGCAAAUCACAAGAACAUCGAUGUGCUGCUCCAUGCCACAGUCUACAAAGUCUUGUUACAAGGAGGAGGCAGCCGUGGAGUUCUAUACACUGACAAUCUUGGCCGCUCUCACACAGCUCUUCUCAGCUCUGAAAGAAGUGAAGUUAUAAUCUCUGCGGGUGCUCUGGGAAGUCCACAGCUACUUAUCUGCAUUGCCGGAGUCAACACUUUGGAGGAGAUGGUGCUCUCUCGAUCCAUGGCAGCGCUGGUGUUUGGGAAUCAGUCCCUUCCAUCUGGAGGCACGGUGUCUUCGCCGGAUCGAAGAAAUGCAACGCUCGUUGCGAGUGGAUCUGUGAAUAGAACCAUCAGCGAGUUUUGCCGGCGAAGUGUUUCGACGAAUUACCACUACCAUGGGGGAUGCCCGCUUGGGGAAGUGGUCGACUGGAGCUUCCGAGUGAUGGGCUUGAACGGAUUGCGGGUCGUGGAUGGAUCUACUUUUUUGUCAACUCCUGGAACCAAUCCUCAAGCAACAGUGAUGAUGCUUGGGAGAUACGUUGGAGUUGAAAUUCUGAAAACACGAUAGAAUGGCAAUGGCUACAUUGCUGUGGGGCUAGCACUCAAUAUUUCAAGGAAUAAAUUAUAACAUUGUGGUAAGAAUUAACAUUUGAGACAAGCAUUUAUA